UCUCUGAGCUGACAGUGUGAUCAGUCAUCAGGACUACAUGAUGUUUAUGGUGUCUCGGGUGCCCCAGGCGGACCAGUGCAUUGUGGGACAGCGACAAGCAGCAGUGGUUCCUUAUUUGAGAUUUUUUUUUUUUUUUUAGAGCUAGCUGAUAGUUGCGUUUCCAUGCAGCCUGCUGGUGGAAUGGACACAGCCCUGUUGAUACUUGUCGCUGAAAGAACCGCACGAUUACUCCGGCUUUAGGUAACUACUGGAGCCUAAUUAUGGUUGUUGUGGUUCGCCAUGGACGCUGUUGUUGACGAGAUCUGAUCCGGACGGGCUGCUUGUGGUUCAUGCACUCUUCUACCCUGCGGCCUCCCAGCACCUGUCAUGCCUUAUGGAAUAUUCACCACCAAUCACAUUCCAGCAGGAUCCAUGUUUACAACAACAGUUUAUUUUUCCAAUAACUAACCUCACAGCCUAUUUUUAAUCAGGCUUAAUUCCUGUACAAACCGUACAACCACAACAGCCAAUCAAGUUCUCUUCCUUCGCAAAAGCCUGACCCCUUAUCAUGAGAUUCCGAAUCUACAAAAGGAAGGUGGUGAUACUGACUCUGGUGGUUGUCAUUUGUGGCCUAGGUUUCUGGAGCACUGGAAGGCAGAAAAAGAAUGAUAGUGGAUCAUUUCCCAAGGACAUGGAGAUGGUGAGGAGAAGCAGCAGUAUUAGCAGCAGCAGUAUUAGCAUCAACAAUGCUAUACAGGUGCAAGCCACACCCGCAGUUAGCCGGGCACCUUUUCCACCUCCUAUUAUACAAGCAAAUGAUACACAUCCAGGGAAGGCAAAGGAUAAAGAGAAGGUACCCAAGCCAGAUGUUGAUAACACCACAUUAGUCUACCGUGGUAUCGUCUUCCAGCUAAACUUUGACCAGGCAAUAAGAAAUGAGGAGAAGUUUAAGACAGUGCGACAGAAGGAUGAUCUGGUUGUAGUGGUUCAAGUCCAUAACCGGCCAGACUAUCUCAAGUUGUUGGUGGACAGUUUGCGGAAGGCCAGAGGUAUAGAGAGCAUACUGCUGAUAUUCAGCCAUGACCACUGGUCCCCUGAGAUAAAUAAAGUGGUGGCCUCUGUUGACUUCUGUCAAGUCCUACAGAUCUUCUUCCCCUUCAGCAUCCAGCUGUACCCCCAGGAGUUCCCUGGAAAUGACCCCAGGGACUGCCCUAGAGACAUUGCCAAAAAAGACGCCUUAAAGCUGGGAUGCAUCAACGCAGAAUACCCUGACUCAUUUGGCCACUACCGUGAGGCAAAGUUCUCCCAGACCAAGCACCAUUGGUGGUGGAAGCUGCACUUUGUAUGGGACAGAGUCCGGGUUCUGAAGGACCAUAAGGGUCUGCUCCUUCUGAUUGAGGAGGACCAUUACUUGUCUCCGGACUUUAUCCAUCUCUUAAAGCUGAUGUCAGCUCUCAAAAGAGAGCAGUGCACAGACUGUGACAUCCUCUCGCUGGGGAGCUACAGCCACAUCAGCUACUCCAGCAAAGCAAACAAGGUGGAGGUAAAAGUGUGGAAGUCCACUGAGCACAACAUGGGGAUGGCUCUGAGUAGAGAGACGUACCAGAAGCUUAUUCAAUGCACCGACACGUUCUGCACUUACGAUGACUACAACUGGGACUGGUCCUUACAGCACCUGACUGUGUCCUGCCUGCCCACCUAUUGGAAGGUCAUGGUGUGUGAGGCACCCCGGAUUUUCCAUGCCGGAGACUGUGGCAUGCACCACAAGAAAACCUCUUGCAUGCCCAUGAGCCAGAAAACCAAGAUAGAAAACAUCCUACAGAGCAGUGGGAACCAGCUGUUCUCAAAGAACCUCCUGAUAGCAAAGAGACUGCCAGCCAAUGGGGCCGGAGGGGUGGCCCCCCAUGUGAAAAAUGGAGGCUGGGGAGAUAUCAGGGACCAUGAACUCUGCAAGAGUUAUAUUCGAUUACAGUGACCUUAAUUGCUACUCUUAUAUAUUAUUGUCUCUUUUGCAUCCUCUCUAAAAAAAAAAAGCCUUUUAAAGUAAAUCUUUAUGGACUACUCUUCAUAUUGCCUGUUUUAUUGGACUGUUCCAAAUAAAGACGAAUGUUGGAG